AAGAGUUUUUUUUUUUCACCCUACAUAUUGCUGCAUAAAUUAGCUGCAGAAAUGUGUUUUAAACUUUGGUCUUCUCUACAGCUUUUUUUGGCAGUUCUGCUCCUGCUGCCUGCGCUCCUCUGUAAGGAGGAUGCUGUAUCCACCUACUGCGAUCCAUCCACUGGUGAAAUCCUCACAUGCAAGAAGUGUGAACCAGGAACAUACAUGGCAGCUCACUGCACAGCCACCACAGACACCAAGUGUUUGCCGUGUAGGGCAAACCACUACACCGCGCUGUGGAACUACCUGCCCAGAUGUUUGUACUGCAACAACAUCUGCACGCGGAACCAAGAGGUGGAGAUACAGUGUUCUGCCACCAACAACAGGGUCUGCCGGUGCAAACAAGGUUACUACAUGAAGGAUGACUUCUGUAUCAGCCAUUCACAAUGUGGCCCUGGACAUGGAGUUCAGACCAAAGGUACCUCCAAACAGGAUACUGUGUGUGAAAAAUGCGCACAUGGCUUCUCCUCCAGGUCCACAUCCGCGCUGGAUGUGUGCGUAAAGCAUCAGGAGUGUGCAGAUGGGCAGCUCCCGCUCUUCACUGGUCCUGUGUACCACGACGCACUGUGUGGCUCCUGCGAGGAUCUUGCAAGUGAUAGUGAGACGUCUGGACUUUGAUAUGUCCAGACGACGUAUUGGAAAGACGAAGACAUUUGUGACAAAGUGCAGUUAUAUUUCAUCCUAUUUGUUCGGGGGGUUUAGGGCAACAGAAAGCAGGGGCAGGUACAUGAGAUGGAAUUUGACGUUUGAGCAGCAUAGAUCAACAAAUAAAUAAAAUUAGACUAAAAAUCAACUUGAGUGGAGUGUUUUCUUCGGCUGUUUUUAUUGUUAACCACAAAGUAUAGAGACUUACAGUAAAAAGGGUA